GGCCGCGCCGGUGCUCCACUUCCCAAGUGUCGGAACCCGAAGUAAAGCAAGAGUGGAGAUGAAGAAGGAACGGUCUCAGGGGUGGAGCGUUUUCGACGCAAUAAAGACCUUUCCCUCUUCACCGGAAACCCUAAUGGCUGAGAUCGAUGCAGCCAUCGUCGCCGUUGAGUACGGCCAUGCCUCCGCUCUUCUAUCCUCAUCGUCCUCUUCUUCUCUACCAACUAUUUCGGCUGAGACCAAGAGCGCGGUGAACAAUGCAUUCGGAUUCAAUGGAUCCUCCCCCGAUGCACGGCUUGCGGAGGAAUCUUACCGCGCAGCGUGCUCCGCCCUCGCCACCGGCCGACCGGACGCCGCUCUCCGAUCCAUCCGCGUUGCUCUUGCGAGCUGCCCGCCGGACAAAACUUCUGCAGUAGCUAAGCUUCGAUCCCUCUCUUCCAUCGCCUCCUCUCAGUUGCAGAAGCAGAAACAACAGCAUCAGCAGCACCCGCCGUUACUCUAACAGUCUUGCCGUAACCGUGUCUUGCUCCUUUUAGUUCUUGGUGAGGUUCUCUUCCUUUCUUUGCAUAAUUCUUGAGUUGUCUGAAUUUUGCUUGGAAUGUGAAGUGGGUUUGGAAUUUCAUAUUUGGACAAGAAGUUGAUGGUUUGCAAAUAUAUUUAUUAAAGGCGUUGAAUAGCACGACAUUUAGUUAAUUAGAUUUAAUAAUUUCCACUGUAAUUCUGCAUUGUCUAGUAGUAUUGUUUCUUUGUUUUCACCUUU